GAAAAACCUGAAUUUAUUGCGUGCCUCAGCCCGCCCCCUCCAUGCGCCGCCAGUGAGGCCGGGAGGCAGCGGGCCCCACGGCGCUGCCCGCACCGCCCGGGCUGAAGGAGCCGCCCGCCGCCAUGGGGAAAUCCAACAGCAAGUUGAAGCCCGAAGUUGUGGAGGAGCUGACGAGGAAAACGUACUUUACGGAGAAGGAGGUGCAGCAGUGGUACAAGGGCUUCAUCAAGGACUGCCCCAGCGGACAGCUCGACGCGGCCGGCUUCCAGAAGAUCUACAAGCAGUUCUUCCCCUUCGGCGACCCGACGAAAUUCGCCACCUUUGUUUUCAACGUCUUCGACGAGAACAAGGACGGCAGGAUCGAGUUCUCGGAGUUCAUCCAGGCGCUGUCGGUCACCUCCCGGGGCACGCUGGACGAGAAGCUGAGGUGGGCGUUUAAGCUCUACGACUUGGACAACGACGGGUACAUCACGAGGAACGAGAUGCUGGACAUCGUCGACGCCAUUUACCAGAUGGUGGGGAACACGGUGGAGCUCCCCGAGGAGGAGAACACGCCGGAGAAGCGGGUGGAUCGGAUUUUCGCCAUGAUGGACAAGAACGCGGACGGGAAGCUGACGCUGCAGGAGUUCCAGGAGGGCUCCAAGGCCGACCCCUCCAUCGUGCAGGCCCUCUCCCUCUACGACGGCCUCGUAUAGUCCCGGCGCCGGCGGCGCUUCCCCGGGGGAAGAGGCUCUCCGUGCCGUCCGACCGCCUCCGAGCGAAGCUCGCCCGUCCCGCUCCGGCCUCCCUCCGCGCUGCGCGAGCAGAGGACGCCCCCGCGGCGCGGGCGCGCUGCCCCGCUCUGCGCCCCGAACCAGCCGCCGCCAUUCGCCAACCGCCGCUUUUUCCGAGGAGAGAGAGAGAAAAAAAACCAAACCACAAACCCCACCACCACCACCGAAAAAAAACGAGAAAGAAAAGGCCCCGAACGGCAGUGACCGCCCGAGACUCCCGGGCUGGGGGAGGCGGCGCCCGGCGGAGGGUCCCUCCUCGCCCCCGGCGCUCCUCUGCCCUGCGGCUCCCGACGGGACCGCGGAUGCGGCGGCUCCUUCGCGUCCCUCUCCCGGGAAACGGCCGCCCGGAGACGGAGCCCGAAGGUACCGGGGGCGCCCGGGGAGCCGAGGCACCGGCGGCGAUCGGGAGCAAAGUCCUGGCGUCACCUGCGAUGCCGGUGGCAGCCCAGCCGGCUCACUAGGGAUAUAUAUAUUGUUAUAUUAUUAUUAUUUUUUUUUUGUGAGACAGUAUUGUGCUUUUUUUUUCUUUCCUUUUUCCCUCAGGUGGAAAAAAG